UAUACAUAUAAAUAUAACAAGUUAAGUUUAAAAGCCAUGUCCCCUAAUUGUAGUAAUUAGCUAGGGAGACCCCGCUAGCGGCACAUUUCUCGGUCUCGGUGUCUGUCUCCCCCACCGCUUCGAAUGGCUCGCGCACCAAAAAGAAGGAUCUGCCUAACUUAGCCAUACCCAUUACCUAAUUUGAAAAACGUUUCAGGGAUUGAACUUAAGUAUUCCGAUUGACUUAACAUUGUUUGAAUUGGGGUUAUUCCAUUUCGUAACGAUUUGGUAUAUAUAGAAGUCCAAGUCAAAAUACAUAAUGAAAACAGCUGAAGAAAGACAACGAUUUAAAAAUCAUUUCUUUAAGCUUGGACAGGGUCGCAUUAUCAAUAGUGAACAAUAUGAAUUUUGGGAAUUACUAUGGAAUGAACCACAAAGUGUCGAUGAUAUCUUUGAAAUAUUAACUCCUUAUGAUAUAAGAAGUAUUCGAGAUCAAAAUCGAGUUAAUAUACUUAGUUUAAUUUCAGUAUUAUGUCAUCAAAUUAUUAAUAUAUAUGAAAAGGAAGAUUUAUCAUCAUCAUCAUCAUCAUCUCAUGUCAUAGCGUUAUUAAAUUGUAUACGAUUCCUAACUAAAAUAAUACCAUUCAUAUACGAAUUACCAGAAUAUGAGCUGGAGAUAGAAGACGAAUUAUUUUGGAAUGUGGACUUUGAUCCUAUUGGAUAUGCCAAUAGAUUAAACUCUAAGUCCAACUCUAAGUCCAACUCUAAGUCCAACUCCAACUCAUCAGAUCAAUCACCAGCAUUUCUUAACUCCGCUAAUAAAGAUAAUAUUGUAGCAGUCAAACUUAUUGCUACACUAGUCAAAUUACUCUUUGUUAAAGGAUUCACCCUAGAUAAAACCCUGACUUCUAAUGUAUGGGAGCCAGGAAUUGGAGGAGCUUCUAAAUAUACACCUCCUGGCUUAAUCAUAGAUUCUAAUAGAACCGAAAUUUUAAAACUACUUAUAACUUUAAGUAGUUAUUCAUUUUAUCAAACAACUGCAAAUGUAAUAUCUUCAGGAUCUAAAUUUUUAACUUUAUUAGUUACUUGUAUUCCUCGAAUAGAAUUAUUAACUUUAGUAUGUUCAUUAACAAAUUUAACUUGUCGAUCAUCAAGAAGUUCACCUGAAGAAAAUGUUUUGGUAUUUAAUAAUAAUAGUCAAUUAACAGAAAUGAGACAUUUAUGUGUUACUAAUGCUAUACAAUUAUUAACAUUAAUAACAGUUUAUCCAUUACCAUCAAUUGAAAAUACAAAAUUUUUACUUUCAAGUAAUCUUAUAACAUCAAAUAAACCAUUUAAUAUUGUAAGAUUAUAUUUAGGUAAAUUACAUAAAGAGAAAGAAUUAUUAUUUCUUGGAUCUUCAUUAUUAAAUAUAUUAAAACAUCCACUUUAUGGAGUUAAAGAACCAGAAUUUAAUUUAAUUAAAACUUCAAAUAUUCCACCAUCUUUAUGGGCCACUGAAACAACCAUGUUAAUUUGGGAAUUAAUUCAAUGUAAUAAAAAUUUUAAACAACUUUUAAGUCAAAAAUUUAUUCCAGAAAUAACUAUUUGUUUAUUAUAUAAUAUUAUAAGUUAUCAUAAUAAUCAUUCUCAUAAAAAUUUAGUAAGAAUUUCUGCUUAUUUCUUAUUAUAUAUAUCAUCAGAUCUUGAACUUAAUCAAAAAUUAUUUGAUCCAAUUGAUAUUAAAUUUUAUGAAACAUUUCCUACAAAUUUUAAAACAAAUACAACUCCAUUAACUACAAGAGAUUUCUUAGUAAUUCAUAUAUGUACAUUCCUUUCAAAUUUAAAUUUAAAUGGUAAUGGUAAUGGUAAUAAUGAUAUAUCAUCAUUAUUACUUACAACUUUAGUGGAAAUAUUAUAUAAUAUAAUUCAACCAGUAUCAAAUGAAGAUAUUAAUUAUCCAAUAGAUCCUGAAAAGAAAUUACAUAAUCCAAAUCCUCGAGGGGGAUUAUCAUAUGGUAGUUGUUCAUCAAUUACUUUAUUAAUUACAAAAUUCUCAACUAAAUCAUUUUUAUCAGAACGUAAAACAAAUCCAGAAUUAUUGGCAUUUAUUAUACGAUCAGUUUGUACAUCAAUAAUUAAAUAUCCUAAACCAUCAAGAAUGUUAUUAUUUUCAAUAUUAAAAAAUGAAAAAGUAUAUGAUCAAGUUUGGAAUACUGUGUAUGGAUUUAGUAAUGAUUAUUAUAAUAAUGGUGAAACUCUUAAAAUUAUUGAUGAUACUGAAGAAGAAAUUGUAGAUUUUUCUGAUAAUGAAUCACAACUUUCUAGAACUCCAUCUUUAAAUAAUAUUCGAACAAUAAUACCAGAAAUUGAACUGGAACCAGAAACUGAAACUGAUCAUGAUCAUGAUGAUUUAACAGCAGCGUUAAGAUCUCGACCUCCAACAGGAAUGUCAGAACGAGCUAAAGAAAAAUUACCAAUUGAAAGCCCAUUAAGCCGGUCUUGGGGUGGGAAUGAUGCUUUAAGAAUUAUAUUAACCAUUAUAAUUCCUCAUUUAAAAGUAGUAUUAAAAGAAAUUUGGUCAAGUAGAGAAGGUUCAAGUAUUGAUAGUUUUGUAUUAGUUAAACAUAUUGAAGAAACUAAUUUUGAUGAUGUAUUAUCAGCAAAUAAAGGUCAAAUUAAUUAUGAUUUUUUACCAGAUACUCCAUUAGAACCAUUAAAAUUUAAUUGGAGUCAUUUAUCACUUGGUUGGUAUGUAUCUUUAUUAUAUUCAACAAUUUAUAAUACAGUUGAUAGUGUAAGGAUUUAUACGGGAAAUAAUAAUAAAAUUAUGAGAAAUAUUUCAAGUUCAAUAGCUUCAGUAAGUAAAAUUACCAGUUAUUUUAUGAGACAAGAUACUUCUGAAACAAAUCAAGAAACAAUUGAAUGGGUAGGGAAAUCUCUUACUUCAGUGAAUCAAUGGUCUCAAACUUUAAUUACUUUAUUUAAGAUUGAAAAUGUUAAUAAUGAAGGAAUAUUUGGAAGAUUAACUAAUGUUAAUCAUGCAGUACCAGGAACUCCUGGUGGAAUGAAUGAUAUGGCUAAUCAUUUAGUUAGACGACUUAGUGAUUUCCGAUUAAAUAAUUCAAGUCGAAAUAGUAUAUCAUCAGGUCUUACUACACCUGUUGAAGAUCAAGAACCAAUAUUCUCUAGAAAUAGUAGAAAUUCAGUCACGAGUCUUUAUUCAUUAAAUACUUUAAAUCGUUCAAGAAGUAAUACUCCUAGAAAUUCUAUUAGCAUGUAAAAUUUUUGAUAAUAUAUAUGUUAAAUAAC